AUGCGGUUGGUUCGGAUCUUCAGCUUGGCCCUGCUGGGGGCCAGCGCCGUACAGGCGGUCCAUUUGAGCCAAGAUGCACAGGAUCUCUUUAGCGAAUCGAUGACGCUCCAGGAUGCCAUUUAUGAUCCGGCAGCCUCUUACCUACACUAUUUCUACUAUCCCCUCGCCGCAGGCCCGCACGAGACCCGAUCGACCGUCUGGUAUUCGGCGGGGCUGCUCCAACGCAACCGUGGCAGCGAUGUCCAGGAGGCCGUCAAGAUCCUCGAGAAGGUUAUCGGAGAUCAAGAGAAGAACACGUCGGUGCAGUGGUAUGGGGACUACACCGUCUACCCCGAACAGCCCACCGUUGACACUCCGGCGUACCCCCCGGUGAUCUAUAAUUCCUGGGAUCCCAACUGGAGAGGAUUCAUCGGAACCGCAUUGAUUGUCAUCUAUGAGGAGUAUGGAGAUCUCUUGCCGGAUCAUGUGCAAGAUCUGAUCCUCGAGAGCUUGUACAACAACACUGUCGGCGAUACCUACCGGGUAGGCGGCGUUGACGGCGACAACUUGUAUCCCGCCUAUUCCAACGCGUGGUUGAUGCGGACAGUGGUCAGUUCUUGGACCGGGCGCAAAUUCAACAACGCCAACAUGACGGCGGCAGGAGACAAUGACGCUCGCGAAUUUCUCGCCCUCUUCGAUCGCAAUGGCACCUUGUCCGAGUUCAAUGGCCCGACCUACGCCGGAGUCUCCCUCUACGCUCUCACCAUCGGCGCCAAGUACCUCGGCUCGACCAAUUCGACCAUCGGGCAGAACGCCGCCCGCGUGAUCCGGGAGAUCUGGAACUACGAAUCCCUGCUGUGGAAUGCCAACCUGCGCAACUUUGCUGGGCCCUGGGAUCGCUCGUAUGGCUACGACAUGAACAAGUAUGUGGCCAUUAUGUCGACUUGGGUGUGGUCCUUGGUCGGAAAGGGGACCGUGUUCCACGAGACGUCUCCCAUCUGGACGAUGACACACGCCGACGAUUUUGAGAUUUCGCCACUCAUCGCCAUUCUGUCUGAAUUCCACAAGACUCUCAUUCCAGAGUCUACCCUCUCGCGACUGACCUCCUUCCGCGGCGAGCACACCUACAGCGGACACGCCUAUGCGCCUCCGGCCGAUCUCGAGCCGCGAAAUAUCACCACGUGGCUAUCAGCGAAUUUAACCAUCGGCACGGACUCGUUCAACCAGAGCGUCGUGGGCGGCUAUUCCGAGGACUCCACGUCGUUCAGCCCAUCAGUCAUCCAGUGGCUCCGCCCCGACGGCUCGGUCGGCUACUUCAACCUGUAUCCCACCGAAACGGCCCUGCAGGCCGAAGUCGCACCGUACGCGCUGAACCUCACCUAUCCCCUCGGUAACGCGUCAAGUACGUUUACAUUUGUACUGGCGUCAAACCCGCUUGGAGGAAAGCGUGAUAUCAGCGGAUUCGACGAUGUGGAUGGUCUUCAAAUCGAGGUGGUGGGCGGAUCUGUCGAUCCGGUUCCGGCGAUCUCGUUCUGUGGACUUGUCGGUGGUGCUUGCGAUAUUAUCCAUGACUUUGAGUUCUGGAAUGUGACCUUUUCUAUGCCGGUGAAUAGUUCGGAUGUGCCGAGUGUCCAGUUCAAGUUUGCGUUGUAG